UAGGAUUCACAGUCUGACGGGUCGAAUACAAAAAGUUACGUUGCCGUCUGCAACCUUAGUUUAGCUUGUGAGCGUUGUCCAAAUUUAAGUGCCUGUAAGGAUAUAGAUCUAUAUAUAUAUAUAUUGUUGUUUUUUUUCCAUGUUGGAACUGUGAACAUUGUUCAGAGACUAUAAUAAUAACUUGACUGAUUGUGGAUACUGACUUAUAACCCACUGUGCUGUUGUUAUUGUACUGAGUUCUUUCUCUGGAUAUAACUUAGCGUGUUUCACAGCCUUUCCCGCGAUUGUUAUCAUUUUGAAAACGGAAUAUAUUGAGGAGUAUAAACGUUCGCUUCUGAAGUGGAUUACAGAAAUUGUGAAAAUGUUUGCCAGAAAGCCAUGCACCUCUGUCACAAAUAUGCUGACCUCCUGCGCCAACAGCAUGUCAGAGCAACACGAACCUCAGCAUCACAGCUGUCACCAACAGCUCCUACAACAGCAGCUGCUACAGCAACAGCAGCAGAACUUUGUGAAUAACAACGUGAAUUUGAACCAGGCCCACCAGCCAUACAACACGCUUAUACCACGGGUCAAAAGUUUUAGAGACAAAGAGUCCAUAGAUAGUUACUAUAAAGUACUUGAACAUUUAGGAGCCGGAGGCUUUGGGACAGUUUACUCCGGCAUUAGAAAAAGAGACAGUUUACAGGUUGCUAUUAAAGUUAUAGCUAAAAAGAAGGUAUCUUCCUGGACUAAAUUGCCCAGUGGCUCUCAGGUUCCACUAGAGCUCCACCUCUUGCACCGCGUCCAGCAUGUGACUGGGGUCAUCAAGCUCCUGGACACAUUCGAGACUCCGCAAGAGUUUAUCAUCGUGAUGGAGCGCCCUGACAACGUGCAGGACCUCUUCGACUACAUCACAGAGCGUGGCCCCUUGAGCGAGCCCGAGGCCCGAGUGUUCUUCCUGCAGAUCGUGCAGAUGGUCCAGAGCAUUGAGAAGUGCGGAGUCCUCCACAGAGACAUCAAGGAUGAGAACAUCCUGGUAGACCUCAAGACCAACCAACUCAAACUCAUCGACUUUGGCUCCGGGACCAUCCUGAGAGAAACGGAUUAUGACGACUUUGAUGGCACAAGAGUUUACAGCCCACCAGAGUGGAUCUCAAACCGCCUCUACAACGGUCGUCAUGCCACAGUUUGGUCUCUUGGCAUUUUGCUGUUUGACCUGGUCAAUGGGGAUAUCCCCUUUGAACAGGAUGAGCAAAUCAAGGCAGCGCAGCUUCAUUACAAGGCUGCUCUAACACCAGCAUGUAAGGAUCUCAUUCGCAAGUGCCUUUCCAUAGACCCUCAUCAGCGGCCAACACUAGACCAGAUUUUGUCUCAUCCAUGGAUGGCCAAGGUGCCAGCAGCCAUUCCCAUCCCUGAGAAUCGUAAAAGGACAACAGCCUCUGGCAAGGUUGUGGAUGUGGCAUUGCUCAGUAGCAACGAGUCUUUGUGAAGGCAAAGGUGUGACUCUGUAGCCAAGGUUUUUAUUUCUGGAUGCUUUUUUGUGAAACUCCUGGAAUCCUGCAAAGAAUGAGUUUCACGAAUAAGUGGACUGUCCCAAGACUCUCCGGAGUCAAUUCCGAAAGUGGACACUUAACUCCGAAUGGGACUAACCCAGGUGGACACAGCCUCAGAAAAUGUCCAUGGUUGGAGAGUUCUGGUCAGCUCCGGCUACAGCGUGCCCUAGUUUAUGAGCUCCAUGAGCUUGAACUGGCAGGGAAGCCCACCUCGUAAUACAAAGUCCAGCGCCGUGAAGUAGUGAACAGACACUGUUUUGGAUUUAUGUGCGACAUUUAAAAGUUGUCUCCCUACAUUCUAUAAAUAACUCUACACACACAUAGACUUCUGAGAAGGUUGCUGGGAAACCAGCUUCUACAACAGUGCAAUUAUGACAUCCAACCCAUUGUGACUCCCUAUUCGUAUUACUUGCAUGCCCAGAGACAUAGGAUUGAUAGUAUUUUUUUUUUUUAUCUUGGGUUUUAUAAAAGAGCUAGUGAAGGCAACUUAGCAAAAGAAAUUUCCUUAAGCAUAAUGGAUGCAAUGGCCUUCCACAAUGUGUUAUGGUCAGCAGAAUAGAAUAUUUGAGAGCCUGUGGGGUGGGGAAAAAAGAUUGUAACGAAAAUGUCAGGAAAAUGUUCAGUAUUAAGAAUACAAGUUUAAGUCAUUAUUUAUAAAGUCCUGGUGAACUAAUGUUAAUUCUGUACAGUUCAAUUGUCAUUGUGUAUAUUCAUUAUGCCACUGGGAUUUAUAGGCUUAAAUUUUUUUUUUUUUGGGUUGGGGAAGUAUUAAAAAAGAUUUUAGCUUUUUUUUUUUUUUUUUUUCUUUUUCAAAUUUUAUUUCUUUUUUUUUUUUUUUUUUUUUUCCACUUUUUUUUUUUUUUAGUAAAAGUGUAGAUUCUGGAUGUGUAUAUCUAGUCAUGUGUUAAGAAUUCAUGGGAUCAGAACAAUUAAAAGUUCAGGUCUAAUUUUUUUUUGGUCAGUUCCUAUUAUUCAUCCCCAAAUAACAAAAGAUCUCAUUAAUCUAUGCCAAUUGUUUUCAUUUCAUUUGUUUAUUUCAAAUAUCAGAGCUCUAUAUUUUUAAUUACAAAGUGAAUCCAUAUAAAUCACAUCUUCCUUGUAAACAAAAUUAAAUCCUCAUUAUUUCCUUGACUUUUUUUUUUUUGCGUGCAUCAACUGAAUGCCAUUCUUCAUGUUCGUUGCAAAGUUCUGAGCAUUUAGUUUAUCUUCCAAACUAUUUCAAAGUCUUUAUGCAUUCCAGACUGUCUAGACAUUGGGCUGCCUUUUUGUAUUUUCUAUUUAUUAUUCCUGCAAUGUCAAAGUUAUGACUUUUUUUUUCUUUUUAAUAUUCCUAUUUGUUUAAGAGAACUUUUUGAGGAAUGAGAAACUUGAUUUAUGAUUUGUAGUCUAUUUAAUAUAUACAGAAUGUCUUGUUGUGUGAUAACUUCAUGUAGGGAAAUAUCCUUUUCAUUGCAAAUAUUAAAACAAAAAAAAUUCGAGAUUUAUUUUUAUAAACAGCAGUAGUACUAUUAGAAGCAUUUAAAGAAAUAAAAAUUAAUGCUGUAUAGCCCUCCUGUUUUAAUUUGUAAGUAUGUAGAUAUGUAAAUUUGAUUUUUUUUUUUUUCAAACUAUCUCAUUUUAUUUAUUCUGCAUUGUAUUCUAUGUUCCAAGAGAAGACAACCCUGAAAUAUUCGACUAAUUUUAUUUUGGUUCUGUGAGUGAGAAGUGUGUCUCCAAUGCCAGUGUGAUUGUAUUUAUUUCGGUACAAAUGACUGUGUGUACUCGAGAUAAUUGUACAUAAUAGUAAACAGGUACACACUGUACAACUGCCUAGUGAAUGGUGAGGAGUAUUUAAAAACUUUUAUGGGAUAUGAUGAGCACUUUACAUUUAUGAUUGACUAUUAGUUUUAAAGCUGAAAGUUUUUAUGGAUACGAUUUGAGAGAGUACUGGGAAUAGAAGAAAUUGUUACAUAUUUAUAUAUUUAAUAUCUUGCUAAUUUUUUGGUGUUAUUGCUUUUGAUUUUUUUUUUUUUUUUUUUUGAGUGUGAAUUCCCCAAUCCCCACAUUUCCCAAUCCCCACAUUUCCCAAUCCCCACAUUUCCCAAGACAGGUGCUAUAUUUCACUCAUUGUUGCCCCGUGCUGGUCAAUAAAACAUCUUAAGUUGAUUUCAUUCCUGAUAUUGUACAUUGAUUGAUCAUUUAUGAAUGUAUUUUUUUUUUGUUUGAGACACAUUCAAUCUUUGUCUCUAGUGUUAUACCAAUAAUAGGACUAGUCUGUAAAUGGAAGCUCUGGAAUCUUAUAUUAUUAUUAUUUGCUUAUUGACCCCUCCCCAAGCCCCAUCUUUCCAAGGCAGCAGGCCCGUCAUGUGGCCUCGAAGCAAGCACAUUAACAAUGCAAAAUUGUACAUGUCUUUUAUUUUUAUCUGUUCUUCUCUAAAAAAAAUUUUGAGUAUUUCUGACAGUGUUUUGAGUUACUUAUAUCCCUGUGACCACCUUGUAUGUACUAGACCAGUGGUUAUUUGCCAAUCCAACUGUUCUUUUGUUGACAAAAAAUUGUAAAUAAAAAAAAAAUGUUUCACAUUAUAUUUUUUUAAUUGCAUAAGAAAAACAAAAAUUCAGCAUUUCCUUUUCCCCAUACUGAAAAUCAGAUCGAUCCUAAACAUGUGCAUAUUUUGUUUGGAGAUUAAACUGAGGCCUAGUUUUUGUUUCUUUAUGUAGCCAAGUCCUAAUAGGUGCUGACGUUGUUUUUUUUUAGUGCUAGGAAGUAUUGUCUGAAAGCUGUUGGUUGUCUGUUAUCAUCAACUCAAUUUCUUCCCUGUCAUUAUUGUACAAACCCGACACUUAAUUUAUUGUACAUGUUUGCAAGGUGUGAAGUCCCCUCCAAAGGUUCUGUAUGGAGGGGGGGGGGGUAAUGAGAGAGUGCGUUUAUUUAUUACUUGUUGGGGAAAAACUGAAUCGCGCGCGCUGACAUGUUAAUUGUUUACAUCAUUUCCGAGUGUAUUUAUAGAGAGAAAAAUGUGAGUGAUCGCUAAGUGUUAUUUAUUGUGUACAUGUGACUGACUGACUGACUGACCUAUGAAGUGCUCAACAUGAAUGUAUGACUUAUUUUGUACAUAAAGUUUUUCUGAUGAACUAUUGACAAUAAUGAAUAAAAUAUAUUUCAAAAAUU